UCAAAUCGGUCCCCGCCUUCUCAAGCCUCGCCCGUUUUUAAUCCUGGCAGCUUCCGCCCCACGGGUUUAGAGCCACGCGGCGCUCCUCCGAGGGUACCUCCUGGAUACCGGACCACCGCCUUCCGCAUCCAGGGACCAGGGGCUCCCCUCCUGGACCCAAGAGCCUGGUUCCGCUCUUCCCGGAGCUCUGUCUCCUGGUCCCCAGACUCAGGCUCUCGAGUCUUCAGCACCCAGGCACCCCGGGUCCCCGCCUCCCGGAUCCAGGCAUCCCGGAUCUGCGCCACUGGGAUCUCGCCUCUUGAAGACCGUGGCCACGUGGGCGCCGUCAGCCUUCCGGAGUCAAGGACCCCAGGGCCCAGCUUAAGAAACUCCUGUAUUCCCACCCCCAAGGCCAAGAAACCCAGGCGCUCCCAACUCCCAGCUUUUGGGCUCUGGACACAGCUUGGAAGAGUAGAGGAGCCCCAGCGCCCAGCCCAAGGAUCUCCAACACUCCAGUUUCCAAGAGUCAAGGAACUUAGGCGCUGUGAACACACACUCCAGGGAGCCCUCAAAGUUCUAGCCUCCAGACUCCGUUACUCAACUUUCAAUUCUAAGGAACAUCUGCUUCCAGGGAAGGAGCCCUAAGCGCUCCCAGUUUCUAGGCGCAAAGGAACCCCGGGGCGUUCAUCAUGGUGGCCGAUCCGCCUAAGGGAAACCCCAAGGGGUUGGCGGCGGCCGAGUCCACCGCGAACGGUGUUCCGGCAUUGGUCCCCAUAGAGGACCCAGGAGCGUCAGGAGGCGGCUGCUGCAGCUCCCGGGACCAGGUGCGCCGCUGCCUUCGCGCCAACCUGCUGGUGCUGCUGACGGUGGUGGCUGUUGUGGCGGGCGUGGCGCUGGGGCUGGGGGUGGCGGGGGCCGGAGGCGCGGAAGCGCUGGGCCCCGCGCGCCUGGCGGCCUUCGCCUUUCCCGGCGAGCUGCUGCUGCGCCUGCUGCGGAUGAUCAUCUUGCCAUUGGUGGUGUGCAGCCUGAUCGGCGGCGCUGCCAGCCUAGACCCGAGCGCGCUCGGCCGCCUGGGUGCCUGGGCACUGCUCUUUUUCCUGGUCACCACACUGCUAGCGUCCGCACUCGGCGUGGGCUUGGCGCUGGCACUGCAGCCCGGCGCCGCCCUCGCCAACAUCGACUCCUCCGUCGGGGCCACCGACGCUUUGAAAGAGUCCCCCAGCAAGGAGGUGCUGGAUUCCUUCCUGGAUCUUGUGAGGUCAGACACCGCCCGCCCCUACGCCACCUCAUAUGAAAUGAGACAGUUCAAUGGAACCCAGGUGAAGGUACCUGUGGGGGAUGAGGUGGAGGGUAUGAACAUCCUGGGCCUGGUGGUGUUUGCUAUCGUUUUUGGUGUGGCCCUGCGGAAGCUGGGACCUGAGGGAGAGCUGCUCAUCCGCUUUUUCAACGCUUUCAACGAUGCCACCAUGGUGCUGGUCUCCUGGAUCAUGUGGUAUGCACCCGUGGGCAUCUUGUUCCUGGUGGCCGGCAAGAUCGUGGAGAUGGAGAAUGUGGAGAUGCUCUUUGCCAGUCUCGGCAAAUACAUUCUGUGCUGCCUGUUGGGCCACGCCAUCCAUGGGCUCCUGGUCCUACCCCUCAUCUACUUCCUCUUCACCCGGAAGAACCCCUUCCGCUUCCUGUGGGGCAUCACGACAGCGCUGGCCACCGCCUUCGGGACCUCCUCCAGCUCUGCCACUUUACCGUUGAUGAUGAAGUGCGUGGAGGAGAGGAAUGGUGUCUCCAAGCAAAUCAGCCGCUUCAUCCUGCCCAUUGGAGCCACUGUCAACAUGGAUGGUGCCGCACUCUUCCAGUGUGUGGCCGCAGUGUUCAUCGCACAGCUCAACCAGCGACCCUUGGACUUCGUGAAGAUCAUCACCAUCCUGGUAACCGCCACAGCAUCCAGUGUCGGCGCUGCGGGCAUCCCCGCUGGAGGUGUCCUCACACUGGCUAUCAUCCUCGAGGCAGUCAGCCUGCCGGUUCAGGACAUCUCCUUGAUCCUGGCUGUGGACUGGCUUGUGGACCGGUCCUGUACCAUCCUCAAUGUGGAAGGUGAUGCUUUUGGGGCGGGACUCCUCCAACAUUACGUGGAUCGGACAGAGUCUCGGAGCUCGGUGCCUGAGUUGAUCCAGGUGAAGAGCGAGGCACCCCUGUCUCCAUUGUCCAUCCCCACCGAGGAGGGGAAUCCCCUCCUCAAAUGCCAUCCGGGGCCUGGUGGGGACGCUGACACCUGUGAGAAGGAAUCAGUCAUGUGAACCCUUGUAGGGACUUUCCCUGCCUUGAUGGGGGCACUUUGGACAUUGGGAUCAUGAGGGAUGGAUAAACGGACACACUGGGGCUCUGGGGGCCCUGCCCACAAACUUCAGGAAGUUAGGGGCCCCAGCCUUCCUCCCUGACACUAGAUCUUGGAGGCCUCACUGCUGGGGUAUAUGUUUAUGUGUGAGUGUGUCUCCCCAAAUCUUCCCAGUCCUCAACUCCUGCCUCCAUCCAAGGCUAGGAAACAGCAAGAUGGUGAAAUAGCAUUUUCCACGCCUCAUCCUGGGAGCCUGCCGGGCCUCCAGUCUCAGGGCACAGGGUACAGGUCACCACAUGGAAUUCUGCCAUCUUUUGAGAGUAAGGAUGUUCCAACAUGUUGCUGGCUCCUUUGCUGG